CCAAGGCGUGGUAUUGUCAGUUGCCUCACUGGACAAUGAAUAAGGAAAACUGAAAAAUUGAUGCCUUUGAAUCAUGGUGUUGACGAAGAAUAUUGAAUAUACCAUGGACUACCAAAAGAACGAACAAAUCUGUCUUUCAAGAAGUAUAGCCAGAAUGCUCCUUAAAAGCAAGGAUGCUGAGACUUCAUCUCACAUACUCUGGACAUGUUAUCACGAGGGACCAAUCCCUGAGAGGAGGACAUCAUGCUUGGUAAAGUAAAGGAUCAACAAAAAAGAGGAAGGCCCUCAAUAAGAUGGAUUGACAUAGUGGCUGGAACAAUGGGCUCAAGCUAACAAUGAACCCAGGACCGAGCAGUGUUUCAUUCCGUUGUAUACACAGUCGCUAUGAGUUAGAACUGACUCAACAGAAGCUAAGAACAACAGGGCAGGAAUGGGUGGGGAAAUCAGCUGUCUAUGGAAGUAGUACCCACAGUGUCUACGGGCACGGACUUUGGAGCCAGAAAGAGCAGGGUCUGAAUCCUGGCUCUGCUAUCAUCAGCUGUGUAGCCUUGGACAACUGUCAUCAUCUCUUAAAGCCUCAGUUGCCACAUCCGUAAAAUGGGAAUACCUCCAUUAGUGUUGUGGUAAGGAUUAAAUGGAAUGAAAUAUGAAAUAGCAUUGCACAUUUGUUAAGUUUGUAGUAUUGGUCCCUUCCCUACAUCAGAGGCUUGAGAAAGUAGAGGCUUGGUCUGUGUUUCUGAGCUCAGUCUCUCGAACAGUCAGGACCAGCACUUAGAUGUGAGUUAAGACUUCUGUCCUCUGAGCCAUGCCCUGGUGCUGAGGCAAGUCUGCUGGGGGGAAAGAUACAGGUAGCCAUGAAACAAAGAUGAAUUAGGGGCAGGCAGAGAGGCAGAAAUGGAGAUCAAGGGAGGGAGGUGCUACAGCCUGAAGGGCCGGCCACACCCCAGACCCUGUAAUUCCACCCAAGUCUGGGUUAUUUAGAGCAGUGAGGAGAUAGGGUCUUGGUAAUGGGAGGCAGGAAUCUGAUCUUCUCUGGCCUCUCUGUUCCUCCCCUCCUCCCCCCACCACACGCAUACCGUCCCCAGCCCUUUAGAGCUCUCCUUUCCAGCAGUCCUCCUGGGGCCCAGAGCCUAUCUCUGCCACUGCAAACCUGUCUGCCUCCUUCUCCUGCCAGGCCUCACAGGAAACGCUGGCCCUGCUACCGGAGCCCCAGGAGCCCCCAUGAGUGCUGGUGAAGGGAGUGCUGGAUAGCAAGACCCCAGCUGGUCCAGGGGUGGGCACCCCACCAUGCCGCCCAUUCUCCAGAGCCUGCAGCAGGCCACCAAGAUGAUGAGCCGCAGGAAAGUCCUGCUGCUGGUGCUAGCGUGCAGCACCCUAAGCCUCCUCAUCCACCAGGGGGCACAGCUCAGCUGGUACCCCAAGCUGUUCCCCCUGAGCUGCCCGCCUCUGCGAGAGUCACCGCCACGCCCCAAGCACACGGCCGUGGCCUUCCUGAAGACGCACAAGACAGCGGGCACGACUGUGCAGAACAUCCUGUUCCGCUUCGCCGAGCGCCACAACCUGACGGUGGCCCUGCCGCACCCAAGCUGCGAGCACCAGUUCUGCUACCCGCGCAACUUUUCCGCGAACUUCGUGCACCCGGCCACGCGGCCGCCGCACGUGCUGGCCAGCCACCUGCGCUUCGACCGCGCCGAGCUUGCGCGCCUCAUGCCGCCCGGCACCGUCUACGUCACCAUCCUGCGCGAGCCGGCCGCCAUGUUCGAGUCGCUCUUCAGCUACUACAACCAGUACUGCCCGGCCUUCCGGCGCGUGCCCAACGCGUCGCUCGAGGCCUUCCUGCGCGCGCCCGAGGCCUACUACCGGGCGGGCGAGCACUUCGCCAUGUUCGCGCACAACACGCUGGCCUACGAUCUGGGCGGCGACAACGAGCGCAGCCCGCGCGACGACGCCGCCUACUUGGCGGGCCUCAUCCGCCAGGUGGAGGAGGUCUUCUCGCUCGUGAUGAUCGCCGAGUACUUUGACGAGUCGCUCGUGCUGCUGCGGCGUCUGCUGGCCUGGGACCUGGACGACGUGCUCUACGCCAAGCUCAACGCGCGCGCCGCCAGCUCGCGCCUGGCCGCCAUCCCCGCGGCGCUGGCGCGAGCCGCGCGCACCUGGAACGCGCUCGACGCCGGCCUCUACGACCACUUCAACGCCACGUUCUGGCGCCGUGUGGCGCGCGCCGGCCGCGCGUGCGUGGAGCGCGAGGCACGCGAGUUGCGCGAAGCCCGCGAGCGCCUUCUUCGGCGCUGCUUCGGUGCGGAGCCCGUGCUGCGGCCCGCUGCGCAGAUCCGCACCAAGCAGCUGCAGCCGUGGCAGCCCAGCCGUAAGGUGGACAUCAUGGGCUACGACCUGCCCAGCGGCGGCGCCGGCCCCGCCAGCGAAGCCUGCCUCAAGCUGGCCAUGCCCGAGGUGCAGUACUCCAACUACCUACUGCGCAAGCAGAAGCGCCGGGGCGGCGCGCGGGCCCGGCCAGAACCCGCGCUGGACAAUCCCCCGCCUCGGCCCAUCCGGGCGCUGCCCCGCGUACCCCAGGGCCCUUGA